AGAAGAUAGAUGGAGAAGACGGAGAGACUUGAAGUUCUACCGGAUUCCGAGAGACCCGGAGAGAAGAGAGCGAGAUGGGCUGCUGCAAUUCGACGAGAAAACUGGGCUCCAAACGAUUACCACAGAUUAUGCAGUAGUCAUUUUAUAUCUGGUAAGAUGCAUUUAAUAUAUAUUUAGAGGGUUUUGGGCUGACAACCACAAUUAAGAUCAUUGCUCGGCUAAUCGCCGACAACAUAGACGUAUGUAUGUAGUGAGAGUGCUAUCGCUAAACCAUAUAACAUUAAAAGCCCUAACUCCAUUGACAAACGACAUGAAAUACAUUAGACUUGACAGUAGAUGUUAGCAAUAACAAAAGAUUUUGAAUUGAAAAUUUCGUAACUCACCUUUCCAAGCACAAGAUAGAUUCCUGCCGAAUUUUCGUGGACGAGGACCUGUUUCACCCAACCAGCAACGAAGUAUUUAUAAGCCUCCAAGCUCUUAAAGUUUUUCAAAUUUUCGUGAGAAUAGGCUGAUUUUGUGUGGACGAGAUAAUUGUAAAUAUCAGCGUAGCAGAUGUCAGGCAGAGAGGGCGAAGACAAUGGGUCGAAAAACAUCGAUUUGGGCAACAAAUAUGGAUCUGGCGACUGUAUAGAACGAAGCUUUUCCACAUAACGCCUUUUAUGCAACACAUCCAGUGAGUUUACGGCAUCCGAAAGCACCGGGUCUUCCAUGAAAUGCAUUUUAAAUUGCUCGAUCAAUUGAGACCAAUGCUAAUAAAGAGACAAAAUGACGGACAAGGGGGCGGAACCAUACAGCGAGCACGUGAUUUUGUGACGUCGGUGGGUAGGGUCUAUACAGUGGGGAGAACAAAUAUUUGAUACACUGCCCGUGGGUUUUCCCAUUGGCAGUGUAUCAAAUACUUGUUCUCCCCACUGUAUAUAAAAAACAACUUUAGUAAGGGAGAAGUGUAAAUAAAUUAUAGGAUUAAGAUGUGUUAUCAAUGAAAAAAUUAAAAGUGUUCGUUGGCUGUCACUGCGUUGCAUUUGCGAUCGCUACACACAGCUAACUAAAUUACCCCCAAGAACGGUAAGAGACGUAGGACAACCAGAGGAUAUAUAAGAAAGACAGGGCUGAUGGUAAAGGAUAGCUUGUUGAAACAGGAGAAUGUCAUUGUCAGUCGCGUCGAUAAAAAAGCUAAAGCUAUGUUUAGGUCGGCUCGUUUUUUUCGUCUUUUUCAGCCUUCGACACUAAAGCCAUCUCUUUAACUGAACAUUUUUACGUUCUUCCACAUUUUUGCCAGUGAAUUUGGCACCAGGCACAUCAUUUUCAGAGAGAAUUGGUAGGUUUAACUCUGUAAACAUCUCCUUCGUACACGAUUUCCAUUCAUUUCCUAUUAGGGACAAACGGUGGCCAGUCCUUACUUAGCAACAGUAGCUAAUGUCAUGAAUAUUAAUGAGUGGAAGCGACGUGUUGCUUGCGGUACGCCAUUCGUUGUAUUCAAAAGAAAAAAAUGGGUGUGCAUUGUUGUGUUACCGCAAGUUCUGUCAAAACGUCCUAUGUCGGCGAAACGUUCUACCUGAGGCAAAUUUGACACCCAAAGUACUACAGUGCGAUCUCAACUUGCGUUGUUUAGAUGCAUACAUGCAGAACGUACUAAAAAAUGCCUUAAGAAAAUACUUAACUGUAGUUAAAUCAAAUAAGGAAGGUUUAAAUACGCUACGUGACUAAUGUGGUCAACUGCUUCAAAGCUACCACAAAAAAUAAAAAUAAAAAAAAACAAUGGUUAAAACUAUAAGCAGGUAAUGCAUGCAAAAGGUAUUUUUGAGGCAAUAAAAAGGUAAUAAAAACUUAAUAAAAACAAAAAUAGUGAGUUCUCGCCGCUUUUAACCAGUGUGCGGAUGCUUGCGCAAGCGCGCUGAGCGUUGUGUAGGACGUUCCUACGUAGGUAGGAAUAGCGUACUGCGUGAAUUUUUAAACCGUGACGUCGCCAUAGUAAUGCGUAAGUGGGACAUUAUCAACACGCCCUCGCAUACAAACCCUGUUAUUCCUGCUUUUUUUCUCCGGUAACCUUUCAAAAAAAGAACAUGCCGAUCAAACACUGCUGCUAUGGAACUUGUAGAAACGACUCUAGACAUUGCAACAUAUGAAGGAUGUUUUCUUCAUACGUUUCUGGGAACUAAAAACUCGGAGGAAAAAAUGUAAAGAAUGGAUCACCUUGCGCAGAUGUCCAAAAGACCAGUUUAACGCCAGCAAGGGGAAUCCAUUCACAUUUCAUAUGCAGUAAACAUUUUGUUGGGUUGGCAUGGACCUUCAGAGGACAAAGGGAUGUCCGCCGAGCCCAUCGUCCUGAGCACCAGGAGUCUGCAUGCAUUGAGGAGGAAGAGUUCGUACACAUUAAAGGUUUCAGAAAAUAUCUUGGCGCUGACGGGCAGCAGACAGAAUCUCCUGGCAUUAAAGAGGAUGUUGAGUGCCCCCAAAUCAAAGAGGAGGAGCAAAAUCCCUGUCAACAGAUGCAAGUUUUAAUCAAAAAGGAGGAGGAAGAGCUGCUAUAUGUUGAAGAGGAGGAGCAUAUCACCAAGUCGACUGGCGAGCCCUUACAGAGUGAAUAUGGUCCGAUUGAGGCCAGCAGAGGUGUGGAGCCUCUGAGGAACAGCAGCAGCAGCUCAACAGAAGGAUUGCAAGCACACAUUUUCAUUGCUCUGUCAGACAUAAAUGGUGCCACGUCACACUCACCUUGCAAUGAUGAUGGUCAUAAGAAAUCUCACUGUGACGACAAACUCUGCAAAUGCUCUCAGUGUGGGAAAACCUUUGCUCAUAAGAAAACUCUUCUUAUGCAUAUGAGGAGGCACGCUGGCGAUAACCAAUUUUCCUGCUCAAUUUGUGACCGAAGAUUCGCUUGGAAAAAAAGCUUAAUAGAACACACAAGAACCCACACUGGUGAAAAACCUUUUGCCUGCUCAGUUUGUGGUCAAGGAUUUGCACAAAAGAAAUCCAUGGAAAUACACACAAGAGCCCACACUGGCGAAAAACCUUUUUCCUGCUCAAUUUGUGAUCGAAGAUUCGCUUGGAAGCAAUACUUAAUAAAACACACAAGAACCCACUCUGGUGAAAAACCUUUUGUCUGCUCAGUUUGUGGUCAAAGCUUCACUGAAAAGAGAAACUUAAAAAGACACACAAGAACCCACACUGGUGAAAAACCUUUUGUCUGCUCAGUAUGUGGUCAAAGAUUCACUGGAAUGCAACACUUAAAAAUACACACAAGAACCCACACUGGCGAAAAACCUUAUUCUUGCUCAGUUUGUGGUCAAGGAUUCUCUCAAAAGCAACACUUAAAGGGACACACAAGGAUCCACACUGGCGAAAAACCUUUUGUCUGCUCAAUUUGUGGUCAAAGAUUCACUGAAAAGCAUAACUUAAAAAAACACACAAGAACCCACACUGGCGAAAAACAUUUCUCCUGCUCCAUUUGUGGUCAAAGAUUCACUGAAAAGCAAACCUUAAAAAUACACACCAGAACCCACACUGGUGAAAAACCAUUUUCCUGCUCAGUUUGUGGUCAAAGAUUCAGUCAAAAGAGCAAUUUAAAACAACACACAAGAACCCACACUGGUGAAAACACUUUUUCCUGCUCAGAUUUUGGUCAAAGAUUCAGUCAAAAGAGCUCCUUAAAUGAACACACAAGUAACCAGGCUGGUGAGAAACCUUUUUCCUGCUCAGUUUGUGUUCAAAGAUUCAGUCACAAGGUCAGAUUAAAACAACACACAAGAACCCACACUGGCGAAAAACCUUUUGUCUGCUCAGUUUGUGGUAAAGGAUUCACUGAAAAGCAAAACUUAAAAAGACACACAAGAAUCCACACUGGCGAAAAACCUUUUUCCUGCUUAGUUUGUGGUCAAAGAUUCAGUCAAAAGACCACCUUAGAAGGACACGCAAGAACCCACACUGGCGAAAAACCGUUUUCCUGCUCCGUUUGUGGUCAAAGAUUCGCCUGGAAAGGUCGGGUUAAGAGACACCUGUGUGUUGAUGUGAGAAGCAGUAGCCAAUGACUGUUUUGCCUGUCAUCCAUGCUGGCUUCAUCUGAUCUUUUGCACGCAGUAUGAUUAUUUUCUGUAGAGCUUUCUUAAAUCUUGAAGAUUGGCACUUUUGGUGCCCUGUUUUGUCUAAUAGUUGUAUGAAGUACAUCCACUCUGUUGAUUAAAUCUCAGCUGAUUCAACCCUCUCAAGUUUGUCAUGUUUGUGUGCCUUCUCCGUUGUUUCCUUUUCAUUCCAGCACAUGAUUCAGCUGGAUGGGCGGUGCUGUGCAACACAGCUGUGGCGCAUUAGAAGCGCUCAUUAUUUAAAGACUCUUGUCACCAUAUGUGAGUGUCGGACUAUUGAGUAGUUUGUUUUACCUUACAACUUUACCUUUUUUUUUUUUUUUUUUUUUGCCUUUUCUGACCAUCGACGCCUUUGCCUUGGUUGUCUCGCCGACUCGGUUUGUGCCUCUUUUUGUUUGUAUUGUUUUCUCGCGUGUUCUGGUGUGCCCCCUUGUUUUUUUGGGGUUUUUUUUGUAAUAAAUUCUAAGUUCAUUGUUUACAGAGGAGGCGUUACCAUUGUGCAAAAAAGACUUUUUUUUACGAUAAAAAACAAUGAAAUUUUCUAAAAAACAAUUCGAGGUCGAAAAUGAAGAUGAUUAUUAUUAUAAUUCUAUAAUAGUGCCCAGUGGGGGACAGUUAAUUGCAGAUUUAGACUGUGGUGUCCAGAAAGGAAAUCUUCAUUGUCUUCAGUUUGGUAGGAUAUGUUUUGUAGCCAUCAUAUUAUUUGUUGUUGCUGUUGCUUCCGCCGUUCAGAGCGCUGUUGGUUAUUGGUGUGCAAUUUCUUUUAGUGUUGUGAAAAGAGGGUGUUAAAUCAAGGCUUAUUGGACCCUUUAGUUUUCAAAAGUGUUUGUGUGUCAUUGCGCCGUCUAGCUGCGGCAACUUGCAUUAUAAUACACGGGCGCUUUCUUUUUUUUUUUUUUUUUUCAAUACAAAAACUCAUACACUGUGUACUAGUGGCCUAGUAGUAGUAGUACGUAAACUAUCCAGCAUGUGUGUCGUGUGUACUGCCUUCGUGCACGCCUUGUAUGGAGAAAAGGCAAAAGCAUGACAAAUUUUGACUGAAACGGCUGUUUUUGGAUGGGAAAAUCUAAAACAGAUCCUCAGCACCCUCUGCUGUGAGUGACUGCCACCGCCCCGUACCAGCUCCUGCGAUGAAUAUCUCUCGACUCUGCUUCAAACUUUAAAGUGCUUGUACCUUACCGCCGUUGUUUAUGAAUGAAAAUAAUACCUUGUUUUUGUUGUCCACUACAUUUAAAUGUACUUUUCAUAUUUCAUCCUUAUAUUCAGAGGAGGGUAGAGUAGCCAAUUUUUUUAAUCAAGAGAAAUGUUACUUCUAAAUAAUAUACCCAAAAGUACUAUAUAACUAUACA